UUAAAGAUUAGUAACAUUUCGCGAAGAAGGAUUCAUACCCCAAAUGGCUCAUAAAUACGACCUUUUACUUGUAAAUACUGAACGCGAAGGCGGUAAGAAGCAAAUACCCUGGUACAGAGAAAGGCUGAAGACAAAAUACAUCAACCCACAAAAGUCAAAACAAUGUUCAGGAACAUUGGUUGGGUCAUCAUGGACAUUUGUUCAGAAAGGUUUAGAUGAUUUUCGAGAUGGUAUACCACCUGACAUUGCUGGCAACAGGAUGGUUUUGAAAGGAUACAAAGGAAUCACUCCAAAUAUCAACAACUCAACUUCAGAGGAAAUGCAAUAUAACCUUACAGAUAAAAAGAGAUUCACAAAGGACGAAGUUGUCUAUUCUAAAACAUUGCCGAUGCAACAGCAAAGACGUGAUAAUGUUGAUGAUAUUGAAAUGAGCCUUCUUCAGCAUCAACUGGCAUUGUUUCCACAUCUUGAGGAUUCUGUUCCACCAGAGGUAUUUGAGGAUGUGGUAGAUAUCUUAGACCCAGACCUGCAACUUGGAAGUGUGGAAGGAAGUGAUCUGAUGGAACAGAUUUCAUGCAAUGAGUUGGAUGAAAGUCAAACGAAAACAUCUACACGUCGUGUUCAGUCUCUAUCUCCAACAGAUACGGACAGAAAAAGUGCCCAGGAUUACCACAAGAAUCGUUAUAGAUGGCUGCCAAAGGCGGACGAAACACCAAAGGAAGAAAAAGGGAGGUCAAAUCGAAAGAAAAUAGAGACUCCGAACUUGGAUGACAAAAUACAGAAUGUGACAAAGGAAUUCUGCUCUUGGGUUGAAAGUUUAGGAGGGGACAGCAAUAACAUCGAAGAAUCGACUGUCAUGAGCCUUUUCGCUAGUGGAUACGAAACAAAGCCAACACUCUCUGUUCCUAUCCAUGUUGUCGAGUUAACGAACGUACCUCCUGAAUUACGGGUUAAUGCCAGUGCAUCUGCUUCGCCGCUUCAGCAGAAUGUCGAUAUCAACGAAACAGAAAAACAGACCCGUACCUCGUAUACACCUAGUUGGGUGAAAGUGAAGUAUGGUGCAUGGUAUCUGAAUCCUAAGACGUGGAAGAAGCAGAAAGAUGGCGAAUCAUUAGAGGAUCCUAAAAAACAACAGGAAAAUACUUUAUCUGAAGCGAAGAUUGAAAGUGAAAAACUGGAUAACGAACUAGCUACGUUACAUGGUGCUCGAGCGUUCAAGUGUUUUGUUGAUAAAAAGGGUACUCGGAAACCAGAAUUUCUCUCAGUGGUUGAGAAAUUUCAAGAAGAUAGAAGAGCAAGUGUAGAUCCUCGACCUGCUGCAGUUGCUACUCCUGCGGCAACUGCAAACACGCUACCAUCUGUAGCCAUUAGAACGCCUUCUCCCAGUCCUACGCGACUUGUAUAAUGAAAAGUGGAUAUAUAUAAUGUUGUACAUAUAUUUAUAAUUUAUGUGAAUAAUUUGUUUUUUUUCAAAGAAAGAUGCAAAGAAAACUAAUCUCUUU